UGUACCGCCUCCUCAUGCUGCUGCCAGGCCCGUAAUCUGCCAUGGGCCCCCGUACCGACUCCUCAUGCUGCUGCCAGGCCCGUAAUCUGUCAUGGGCCCCUAUACCGCCUCCUAAUGCUGCUGCCAGGUCCAGAGUGUGUCAUGGGUCCCUGUACGGCCUCCCAUUGCUGCUGUCUCCAUCGCCACACUCUGCCAUGUGCCACUUUCAGGUCUCAUCACACUGCUGGUGGGUUCCAUUUUUUCAUAGGGUGCUGUAUGGCCUCCCAUUGCUGCUGCCUCCACUGCCACACUGUGGCUCCACACUCUGGUUUUGGCCCCGUGACUGCCCAAAUGAGUGAAGUGUGCGGUGAUUCUAAGAUCGACGGCACUCAUCUGCAUGUCAUACUGACUGACAGUAUUAUUUCUCUUCCCCAGCAGACUCCCAAGGGCAUUUAAAUUAAAGGUACAGUGUUCUGCACUAAUAUAA